GGAGAGGCGGCCGCGCUGGUGGGUGGGUGGGUGAGGGCGGUUGUUGCGUGGGCAGGUGCCGCUGGGGCCACCUGUGCCCUCCCUGAUGAGGCCGCAGGAGCCGCCGCAGGGCGGUCCCGCCGUCACGCUGGAGGCGCUGAAGCAGCGGGCGUGCGAGAGCGUGGAGCUGAACGCGGCGCGGCUGGGCGGGCUGAGCCGUGACAUCUGGAGCCGGCCCGAGCUGGCUUACGAGGAGCACCAGGCGCACGACACCAUGACCCGCUUCUUCUCCAGCGGGGAGCUGCCGGGCUCCUCCUGGGCCGUGCAACCGCGCUACAAGCUGGGCACCGCGUUCCGCGCCGAGUGGGGCACGGCCUCCCCCCAGGGCCCCCGCCCGCUCCGUAUCGCCUUCCUUUGCGAGUACGACGCUUUGCCCGGCAUCGGCCACGCCUGUGGGCACAAUCUCAUCGCCGAGGUGGGAGCCGGCGCCGCGCUGGGGCUGAAGGCCGCCCUGGAGAGCCUGCCGCAGCCGCCGCCUGUUGCCGUCCAGGUCACGGUGCUAGGGACGCCUGCGGAAGAGCAAGGAGGAGGCAAAAUAGACCUGAUAAAGGCUGGAGCGUUUGAGGGCCUGGAUGUGGUUUUUAUGGCACACCCCUCGCAAGAAAACGCCGCGUACCUGCCCGAUGUGGCCGAGCACGAUGUGACUGUGAAAUACUAUGGAAAAGCUUCUCAUGCUGCUGCUUAUCCUUGGGAAGGAGUUAAUGCAUUAGAUGCUGCUGUUCUUGCAUACAACAAUCUGUCUGUUUUAAGACAGCAAAUGAAACCGACCUGGAGAGCUCAUGGUGUGAUAAAAAAUGGUGGUGUGAAACCUAACAUCAUUCCUUCUUACACUGAACUUGAGUUUUACUUGCGUGCCCCUUCAAUGAAAGAUCUCUCUGUUCUGACAGAGAAGGUUGAGAACUGCUUCAAAUCUGCAGCACUGGCCACAGGAUGCAAAGUGGAGAUAAAAGGUGGGGAAAAUGAUUACUACAAUGUACUUCCAAAUAAAAGCCUGCAGAGAGCUUACAAGGAGAAUGGAAAGAAGCUUGGGAUAGAAUUCAUAUCGGACGACUGCAUCUUGAACGGUUUGUCAGGUUCCACAGACUUUGGAAAUGUCACAUUUGUAGUCCCUGGGCUUCAUCCUUAUUUUUAUAUUGGCUCUGAAGCAUUGAAUCAUACUGAGCAGUACACAGAAGCUGCAGGGUCCCAGAAGGCUCAGUUCUAUGCUUUACGCACAGCUAAAGCUUUGGCUAUGACAGCCCUGGAUGUCAUUUUUAAGCCAGACCUGCUAGAAGAGGUCAGAGAAGAUUUCAGACAGGUGAAGCUAAAAGAAGAGGGGCAAAUAAAUCCUGUAGACCCUAACAAGGAAUCUGGCAUUGGCACAGGAUCCUGUGCAUCGUGCUAAACUUGAUUAAACUUCUCUCAGUAGGAUCAACUUAAUGGAGAUGCUGUAUUCAUGUCCCAGAAGGAAUUGGAUAAACACAGCUGAAGAAAUGUUUAUUUUCUUUAUUAUUCUUUGUUGGACUUCAGGAAAUGAAAAUAGUUUUGUUGCUUUCAAAAAUGUGAAAUUUAGUCCUGCUGCAAUAUUUGCCGUAUUCAAAGUGGGGAUGAACUCCAGAGAGGCAUCUCAGAUAGGUUGGGUUUAAGUUGCAGUGUUGAAUAAAUGCUAGUGUUUAGAUCCUUUGUCAGUGAUCUCUUUUUCUGUGCCUGGCUUUGACAAUAUUAGCUGCUUAGUCAUGAAAGAGAACUGUUUGUGUGGACAUGUGAUUUGUACAGGCUGAUUGUCCUGAAAUGCAUUCACCUUCCUCCUAAUACAUUUUGGACUUG